AUGGAGAAAGCAAAGCAAGCCGUUUCUAGCUUCCUUUCCAACGACGGAAAGCACAAGACCACCGUUGACGAGGACGUCAGAGCGCCAGUUACCCAAGAGGUAGUGAAACCUCAUCAGCACGAGAGCGUAACCACUGCUCUCGACAAGGAGGUUCAUCAGGAGCAUCAUCAUACCACAGUUCAACCAAUCGCCCAUCAAGAAGUACUUCCUGAGCAGCAUCAUCAUAACAUGGCGCCUGUUGAGCACAAGGAGUUUCAUCAUGGAAACGAGCAUGACACGCGGGCCACCCUGGAGCGCGAAGCCGCCAAAUUCAAGGACACAACCACAACUCACAACACCACACGAUCUGCUGAGACUGCUCCUGUGAUGACAGGAGAACGAAUUCAUCAUCACGUGCAUGAGCACGUACAGCCUGUUAUCCAGAAGGAAACAGUUCAGCCUCAUGUUGUUCAUACGACAAUUCCCAUCCAUGAGACUCACCAUGCUGCCCCCGUGCACCACGGCACUUCCACCCUCCCUGUGAAGACUCUUGACGAGUUCACUUCUGAGCGUGGAGGACUUGCUGAGCGAGCUUCUCAGAAACUCACUGAGUUCGAGGGUUGCCCUAAGCCAUACCGCCGAGAACUCCAGGGCGAGCAGCUCGAGGGUGAUAGGAGCAUGCACCUCCACGGCCACGGUGACAACUACGGCGAGAACCACUCUCACGCUGGACGUGAGGGCCACGGACUGGGCCGUAACACUGAGGGUCUUGCCGCUGGUGCUGCCGGUGCUGCCGUUGCCGGUCGUGCUGGUCGCAAGCACCGCCACCCCCUCGGCCACAAGAACCGACGUGGGUCCAACUCAAGCAGCUCUCUUAGCUCCAGCGAUGAGGAGUCGCGCGGUCUAGGCAAGUCCUCCAGGUCGAACCGAGGUCUUGGUUCAGGAACUGGCACUGGUGUCGGAGCUGGUGCUGCUGCUACCGCUGCAGGUGUCGCGCAUCAUCAACACCAGAACCGUGAGGGUUUUCAGUCCGGUGGUCCUACUAUCCCCGGCGCUGGAGGUGUUGGUUCCGGAGUCGGAACAGGCCACACUGGUUCUCUCGGCUCUGCCAACCGCGGUAUUGGAAACCCCAAUACUGCUGGCCUCAACAAGUCACACACCAGUGACUACGACCAGGUCAAGACUGGCGGUCUUCACAACGACCCUUUGAACAGCAACUCUGCUCACAACCGUGGCGAUUCUGGCGUUGAUGUGCAGACAGGCAAGAAGCCUUCUCUCAUUGACCGUCUCAACCCCCUCAAGGAUGCUGAUGGUGAUGGCAAGAAGGGCCUUAUGGACUAA